CGGAUAGGAUUAUCUUUGAUUUACCAGGCGAAGUAGGUUAUCUUUGAAAUUAAGAAGAAUAGUCAAGGCUUCCGGGUAACUUCACGUCGUUAGGCCGCUUACUUGUAGUGCAUUACCGAAGCAUCAACAUAGCCUUUACGCCGUUCUGUGAAGGAUUGCAUUCUAUCUCUCAGAUAAUCAGAUUUAUGAUUUAAAAUGAAGAGUUCUAUAAAAUAGUCAGUGCCAUAGUUUGAUUGCAGUUUUAUUGUCAAUUAAGUACUAUUUAAAGCCUAUGUCUACGCAGUUUCGGUCAACUCUAUUUACAAGUUAAUAAAAUGUAUAUGAUGGCAAAUACCUGUCUUCUGUGGUUGAAAGCUGGUUAUAUGUUGCAUUCAGUUCAUAGGCGUCGUACAAUGCAGGGCACGCAGGAGACGUUGUGUUUCGUGUUGUUGAUAUUAGUGUUUGUUCAUGUGCGAGCACCGCCCCCUGCCCGAAUAAUCAAUGGUGAAGACGCGGCUCCGGGGUCGCACCCCCACCAGGUGGCGCUACACUGGGACCGGAACGCCUACUACGGCAUCAGCGGCCAAGACUGGCGUUUCGUGUGCGGCGGAUCCGUCAUCGGUGUCCGCGUCAUUCUCACCGCCGCCCAUUGUGUCGACUUUGCACCGGACAACCAAUUCCGGGUAGUGAUAAACGAUCACGUUCGUAAUGUGGACGAAGGCGCCGAACAGAUCAUUGGUGUGGACAAAAUCAUACUGCACGAGCAAUACGUGGGCGGCCUGGACUACACGAGAUCGGCUUACCCGAAUGACAUCGCCAUCCUCGUGCUGGCCGCGGACGUGGGCGACACCUCUACUAUCAUUCCUCUCGAUGACGGUUCUUCCGGGGACCGUGUUGAUGAGAAAUGCGUCAUCUCAGGCUGGGGACGCAAUGACACGGACGGGGAUCUGCCAUUGACGCUGCAGGAGCGGGAGAUGACGGUGCUAGCGGAGUUUGUGUGCACCCUCUAUUGGGGGAGUUCAGUGUUCGCGGGACACAUCUGCGUCUACGAUGGCUCCAAUAGCACAACUGGAGGUUCGGCCUGCAAUGGUGACAGUGGCGGUCCACUGGUGUGUGGCGGUCGGCUGGCAGGCGUGACGUCAUGGGGGAUUGACGGAUGCCGACUGGCGGACACGGGCGAGUUCCUGCCCUCUGUGUACGCACGCGUCACCUACUAUCUCCCCUGGAUAGAGAUCACGCUCAAAAGAUUCACUUCCGGCAGGGGGUAAAAGGACUUGCGACCUGAUGUUAUGUUAUUAUGGACAACAUUGUUAGACGUUUGUCAAGCGAUUAUUAUUAAAUUACUUUGGCAAUA